AUGUCUUCUUUUCUUUCUAGACUUGGUUCCAGCGGAAGUCUUGGACCAAAGGACGAGAAGAAAAUUCUUGACGAGAAUGAACAACCAUUGAAAAGAUACAAGUGUUUGGCUUCUUUCAACAAGGACGGAAACGAGGCAGAGCUGCGAACAUUCUAUCAAAAGAACUACUCGAUUGUUUACAACAUCUUUUUAGAUGCUUUGAAUAACAUGAAUUCAGAAGCUAAAAAGAAAGCCAAAACAAUUCCUACUAGUGACGUUUUAGGUCUGACUGACAUUUUACUCAAUCUUUUCUUACACUCCUCAAAUAUCAUCCAAAAGAAGUGGCAACAACGUUCAAUCAUUCACACACUCGAACUUUUAUUGGAUGAACAAAAUGCCUUCCAAAUUCGUAUGAAAGGAUUUGAAUUGAUAGUGAGAUUUGUGGACAUUAUGCAGGAAAAUGUUGACAAUCAAGUGUUAGACAUGAUCAUGAAUACUGUCAAGUUCAAGUUGUUGGCCGAGGACGUUCGUGAUGUCAAAUUACCAUCAUUCACACAACGUGCUUUGAAUCCAGACGAAAGGUUGGCAGUUGCAACAGCCACAGGUGACUUGACAGUCGAGGAAAAUUAUCAACUCUUCCAAUUCUUCUUUACAUUUGUUAAAGAGUCCGACCAUUUUGACUUUUGGUGGAAAUUCUUUAAAUCACGUCUUGCUCCAAUCUUCUAUCCAAACGAAUGCAAGAGUCUGGAUCUUCUCAACAAGAUGGACGAUAUGGGUUUCACUGAAAAGGCACCAACUAGACUCCAUUUACUCAUUUUGAAUGUUAUUCUUUCCGCUCUUGAAAGUCCCAAAAACUCUGUCAUUCUCUACCAAAGUGACAAGGAUAUUUAUUUGCUAUUAAUGAUUUUCAGACAAAGUUUUCUACUGCCACCACAACACUUCGAAGAAUUGGCCAAGAUGAUGAAAACAUAUCGCUCAUGGAUUUGCAGAGAUUAUUUCCUGUACAAUUGGCCUGAAAUCAUGGAGAGAAACAGAAAUCUCUAUUUCCGUAUCUUUAUUGACAAUUUAAGUCAAGUAUUUUUCAUGAAGGGUGAGGAACAAUUUAUGGAUUUACACAUCAACAUGUGCUACGAGGCGCUCGAAAUGUUCAUGUUCUUUACACAAAUUUCAGACAAGGUUGACUUUGAGACAUGGAGCGAUUUAUUGUCGGCUCACAGACGUAUUUGUAACGCAAUAGUUGAGAGAAAAAACAAGUCAAGCGAAUCAUCAUAUGAUUCCACAUUCUUUGAGAUUUUGGAAAAGACUUGUUUUAGAAAUUUAUUUAUCAUAUGGAUCAAGUCUCACCCAACUGACCAAUAUCCAAAGUUGUGGGAAGAAUUUUAUGAAUUGAUGCAAACACAUGCCAACCUUUCUUCUCCUUUCAGUUUAUGGCGUGGUACAGUUCUCAAUUUGGCUCGUAUCAUUUGUGAAACAAUAUUUGAAAUGCCUCCAGAAAGAAUGAGAGUUGGUUUUAUUGAAUACGUGACAGACAUGUACACUGUGACAAUUGCAAAGAAGAAACCAAAACUCGAAAAGAAAGUUCACGUCUUCCAAGGAAUGGACUCAUACAUGAGCAAAAACUUGACCAUCGAAACAGUACUUCAUCUUUUCCACAAGUUCUUGAACAUGUUCGGUAAUGAAAAUACACAGCUCGCAUCUGGUGGUCUGCAUUCCAAAAAGAUGGCAGUUUUGAAAGAGGUUUUGGAUCUUUUCCUUGAUAUUGAAAUUACUGAAGUUAAAGCUGUCCGAGGUGCAACCAAUCAGUCCCCAUUCUUACACUCUCCUGAAGGUAACAAAUUGUUUGCCAUCUUUUUAGAGUGGAUUGUCGAGGCAUGUGAUAGAACAGAAGAUCAGUUUGAGCCUGGACGUGUCAUUGCAUACACCAUGAUGUGUCAAAUUUUGACCACUCAAUUCAGCCAACCUUUGGACAAGAAAUAUCUUGCCAACUGCUAUAGAAGUCUCUUCAAAGGUCUCGUUCCAGAAUAUGGAGCCUCUGAUCGUACCAUUGAGGCCAUUAUUAAGCAUGGAUGGAGCUUGUUCUGUAUGGGACACAUGGGUGCUAACAUUUUAAUACCAUACUUUGUACAAGCUUGCCACAAAGUUCUCAAAGAAUCAAGCGCCACCAUUGGCCCAGAAACAAAGGAACUUCGUAUUGCUUCUGUGCAAGGGUUGACCUCGGUUGUUCCAAUUUGUUACUUUUAUGGCGACCGUCUCCUCCCUCACAUUGAGACCAUUUUGAAAAUGAAACAAAUCAAUGUGGCUGAUCAAGUCAGUGCUGAAGCUGUGAACACCUUCUCAAAACUGAGAGCUAAAAUCUGCUCAACAUUGUUAGGAUGUGCUCAGGACGAUCGAUUCGUUGAAGUACAAAUUAAGUGUAUUUGGGGCCUCUACUCUAUCAUUCAUCACGAGUUGCAAAUUGAAGGAACGACUGGACGUUCGGCUUCCAUCAAAUUCAUUGUUGAAAUGUUCAUCAAAUUCUUUGUUGACAAGAAUGCAGACGUUGCCUGUGCUGCUCACGAUGCUGUAGUAACUUUGGCACAUUUGGGACUCUUUACUCGAUUGGGAAUACCAACCAUUAGAACAUUCCUUCUCACUAUUUGUACUGCUCUCUCAUCACAAUUGAAGGAUUCUGAUGCUGCACUUGCUCAAUGGCCUAUUUUCAAGCACUUGUUCUAUUCCAUUGUUGAAAUUUUGCAAUACAUUCCAAUGAAGGUUUUGGAAAGCAAGGAAAUUGCUUCAAUGCUUUUCAGUGCAAUCAAUAGAGGUUUAUCUGUGGUUUCUCUGAGUGUGUUGUUGACACCUCAAAAAGACACUUCAGCUGAAGCAGCCACCGAAGAGGGAGGCGAUAAGGCAGCUAAAAUGUAUUCCUUCGAGAGUUAUACUUUGAGCAGAGAAGAGAGUGCUCUUGAAAUUGCAACUGCUGCUGAAAGCUUGCUUUGUUAUGCACUGAACGUUUACUCCCAAUUCCCAUCCCCAAUCGGUGCUGCAAGAAUGAGUACUGAAGUUUCCGAAUUCGACGUCCUUCAAGAGGAGAAUGGUCUCUAUGUGACUUCACCAAAAGUGCAUCACUUUGUUUUCAACAAUUAUACCUUGUUGACCAUAAUGGAAAAUCCAAACAAACAAGAAUCAUGUAUUUUAAUUUUAAGAGAUAUGACAGGCAAAUACUGUUGGGAAUUCAAGCAAGUCUACUCAACAGAAACUUCAACAUUCAAGAAAAAGCCAAAUUAUACCAUCACUGAAGAGCUCGAUGAAUUAUUUGAUGAUGAAUCAAAAUCCAAUUCAAAGAAUGCACUAGCACAAUCCAAGCAUACAGACAGCCCAGGUUCACCUGAGGAAGAACGAUCUUCCAUCUAUGUCUCUUCCAUUGUAAAUCGUAGUGGAACUGACGAAGAGUUAUUCGAUGCCGACGAUGCUCGUGGUGAACCAUUUGUGAGACAAGAUAUGGGAGCCGUUGACCUUUCUUCAGAAAUUGGAGGAUUGGGAAUUGACAAUGAAUAUGAAACACCAGCUGAUUUGUCUGUUCCAGUCACCUCUCAACAAGAAUCCAAAGAAGAGGAAGAAGAAGAAAAGGAAAACAACGAAGAGGAUGACUCUUCUCAAGCCAGGGCUGAAGAACAAGAAAUGAAAGAAGGUCAAAACGAAGGAGCAGAAGAAUUGGAUUAUCCUCACUAUGACAUUGAAAUUGAUACGGACAAGACUGACAUGCUUGAAGUGUUGCAACACUAUGUUGCUCAAGUUUUCCCAGAGUGUGCCGAAUACGCUAAACCAACCAUUACUACUCUCGAUGAUUUGCAUAUUGCUACCGAAGAUGUUGAAAAACUUGCUUCAAGCUAUCACAAAGGUAUUUCUGUACUUUCUUCACAAGUUCCUAGACAAGGUUUCACACCAUCUCAGGCACCAAAGAAGCCAGACUAUGAAAAUGAUAAUGUUUCUAAAGCCGUCUACAAGGCAUUCAGAUCUUUAUUGAACAACCUUGGCUUCUUAUCCUCCACAAGUAGAGCCUCAUUCAGUUUAAUUAAUGCCAACGGUAGAUUCUAUCGUUCACUCAAACAACUCGACAAGUUGACUGAAAGAGAAACCAUUAAGGUUGGUCUCCUCUAUGUUUCUAAUCAACAAGAGUCACAAAAGGAUAUCCUGAAGAAUGAUGAGCAAUCUGGAUCCAAAAUUUAUAAGGAAUUUGUUCAAUCAUUGGGUUGGGAUGUUGACUUGCGAACACAUGGCGGUUUUAUGGGAGGUUUGGAUGAAAACUUGACUACUGGUACUACAGCUCCAUACUAUGCCAAUGCCACAACUGAAGUUGUGUUCCACGACGUUACUCGAAUGCCAACCAAGGCUAAUGAUUCGCAACAAAUUCAAAAGAAGCGUCACGUUGGUAAUGACUUUGUUCACAUUGUUUGGAGUGAACACGAUCGAGAUUACAAACCAUGGACCAUUACCUCACAAUUUAACUUUGUUCACAUUUGUAUCUAUCCUUAUCAAAGACACAAGGAAACAUUCUUGUUCCGAGUACGAAUUUUCAGCAAACCGGAAGUUCCACUCUUUGGUCCUCUUCUCGAUGGUAUGAUUGUCGAUAAGAAGAAUUUGGGUGCUCUUGUGAGAAUGACUGCUAUCAAUGCGAAUAAGGCAGUUCGAUACAAGCAAAAGCAAUACAAGAAGCCAUUCCCAACCAGAAGAAAUCACAUCAAUGAAAUUAUUCAGAGACAUAAGGCACAAUCGACUUCCAACAUUGAUUUCAUCAAGACCUUCUUCUUGGAUCAAGAUUAUGUGAAUGUUGAGUUCAAUCCAAAGAAACCUCUUGCUCCACUUCCUGUGAGUACAAGUCCAACAACUAGUGAUCCAACUGCAACCAAUGGUACAAACACGAGCAGUACUGCUGGUAACAGUGGCAAUGAACAAGUCAAGAUGAGACCAACGAGAACGAGUGUCAAGAAGGAUCAAGCACCACAAGGCACAUCGUCAUUGACAACACCUCACAAACAAGACUCAAAGACUUCAAGUCAACAACAGCAAGUCGUUGAAGAAACUGUCGAAGUGGUUGAAGGAGAAGAAGGAGUUGAAUACGUUGAAGAAGUUGUGUAUGUAGAUGAAUUUGGAAGACCUGUUGAAAUUGGAGAAGGUGACGAUGUCGAAUAUGUUGAAGUUGAAGAAGAGGAAUACCAAUAA